UCACUAUUUCGCAAUAAAAGCGAGCUACAGCCUCCAGCGGCGAUAACCUGCCGUCGGAGAUCAGCAAUUUCCACAGGACCGCGUCCCGAACCAAGCCACGAAAUGAAAGCGUUCAUCCUUGUUUGCCUUCUUUCGGCAGCCGCCCUGACCACUGCGCGAAGGGCUGGUCGUUUGGGAAGUGAUGUCGAUAGUAGAGGUGCAAUACGCGGUGAACUGCGUGCCGGCGUCGAGCGAGCUGGUCCUCAUGGAUACCCAGGCGUUACCGCCACCGUAGGAGGUGAACUGGGCGCAAGGGUCGGUGGACGUGCCGGCCUGGGAGUAAGCAGCUUCGGCUAUGGUGGCCCUGAGUGGGGCCUUGGUUUCGGAGGUUAUCCGUAUGGCGGAUACGACGCAGGUUUUAGCUCUCCAUAUGGCGGCGGAUAUUAUGGCGCCACCCCGGGCUACGGCUACUACGGUGGAUACGGCCCACAGGGCGGCUACUACUACUCCCCUGCCUACACUGGCGGCUACAAUGGUGGUUACAACUGGAAAGCAGCUCGCUCGGCUCCAGCUGGUGCCGUACCUUCUGUUCGCGUCUCAGGGUCGUCAUAAGACAUUAGGGACCUGCACAAUGACGAAUACGGGAGUCCUCAAAAAUUUUAUGCUACCAAUCAGCAAAAAAAGGGCUGCAGACUACCACGACAAAUUCUUCAUCCAGCUUACGUUUUCUGCAAGAUUUACCUGUGCAUUUUUUACUCAAGAUAUAAUUAUCCGGCAACUCUGAUUCGAGGCUUCGUCAGACGCUGUUCAAAAAAACCACAAAACAAUCCGA